AUAUAUAUAUUCCUAAUAAUUCAUAUAUUGAUCAUCAAACCCUAGCUAUCUUCUCCCCCAAAAUCCCCAUGACUAGUAGUUUCUUCAACCUCCCUCUUCAUUACAACUACGAUAAAAAACAUCAUCAUGAACAAGAUCAAGAAACCUCGUAUUUCUACAAAACCCUCCAAUGUUUGCCGCUCCUCAGCCGCCUAAGCGAAGUGAAAGAAGAAAGAGAAGACAUAGACAACAACAACGACGGGGAUUCUUCAAUCGAGAGCAUGGCGGCGGUGGCCUUGCAAAUAGGCCCCCCGCCGGCCCCCGCGAUCGAAAAUAUGAAAGAUGACGAGGAUGAAGAUGAAGAAGACGAGGAAGAAGUGAUGCAUAAGGUUAAAGGGCCACUAAAAAAUAUUGGAUACAAUAAUAAUAAUAAUGAUAAUAGUGAUGGGGAGAAAAGAUUUUGGAUCCCUAGUCCAGCACAGAUACUUGUAGGGCCUAUGCAAUUUUCUUGCAACAUAUGUGGCAAGACCUUCAAUAGGUACAACAACAUGCAGAUGCAUAUGUGGGGCCACGGGUCGGAAUUCCGGAAAGGUCCGGAAUCCCUCCGCGGCAGCCAGCCGGCAGCUAUGCUCCGGCUGCCGUGCUAUUGUUGCGCGCCGGGAUGCAAGAACAAUAUCAACCAUCCUCGUGCGCGUCCCCUCAAGGAUUUCCGAACAUUGCAAACGCACUACAAGCGCAAGCACGGCGCCAAGCCGUUUGCUUGCCGCAAACCAUCGUGCGGGAAAUCCUUCGCCGUUAAGGGCGAUUGGCGUACCCAUGAGAAAAAUUGCGGCAAACUAUGGUAUUGCACUUGCGGAUCCGACUUCAAGCAUAAACGUUCCCUUAAGGACCAUGUCCGCUCUUUCGGGAACGGCCACUCACCUCACCCGACGUCGCCCCUCGAUGAUUUUGACAAAGAUGAUUAGGUUAAGUGUUUGAUUUUAUGUUUGUGUUUGUGCUCGUUUUCACCUGUUAGUGCUCUGUAGCAAAAUAUCUGCUUUUAGGGAUAAUUUGCCAUGGAGCAUUGGAUAUUGGUGGUGAUGGCUUUAUGUUAUGUGUUUCGAGUUUUAAAAAUUAUGGAAAGUUGGAUUGUGUGUGUUGAAGAAUUUGAAGCUGAUCAAUUUUCUUCUACAAAUGUUGAGGUUCUUGUGGGGUUGUUAAGAGUGGAAGAAAAUGUGUCAGCUUUGAAUUGUUAUUUGUAGUGUUUGUAAUGUUAUUACAUGCAUUUAUGCAUGAAAUGAAUUGUUUUAAGUAU